GUCCCGCCCCAUACAAAUGAGGUCAGACCCUGUUUUUGCUUAGUGCAGACUCAGAAAGAAUACACAAUACAUCUAUAUUGAAACAAAAGUGAAUCGAAACGUUUUACCUCCAAACUAAAUACCAUGUCAGAUACGGAGACAAAACCAUCAAGCCAGGAUGCAGGGGACAGAAAGGAUGGGGAGUACAUCAAGCUGAAGGUGAUUGGUCAGGAUAACAGCGAAAUUCACUUCAAGGUGAAGAUGACGACACACCUGAAGAAGUUAAAGGAAUCAUACAGCCAGAGACAGGGUGUUCCCAUGAAUUCUCUAAGGUUUUUAUUCGAAGGACAGAGAAUUGCAGACAACCAAACCCCGAAAGAGCUGGGAAUGGAGGACGAGGAUGUCAUUGAAGUGUAUCAGGAACAGACUGGUGGACUCUGCAGUAUCUAGGCUUUCGAUAUUUCCUCCGUCUUAUUUUUUUUAAUAUAUUUUUUUGUUGUCGUUGUUGCUUUUUUGUGACCUUCUUGCUAAAAAGCGGCUGAAAGCAUCCAACUUCAAAUCAUGGUGGUUCCGGCGAGCUGCUGCCCGUGUGAAGGUGAUGAAGAAACACCAGGAAGUUCUGAAUUCCCCUCUAGUGCUCUCUCUCUUUCUCUCUCUCUCUUUCUCUCUCUCUCUCUCUCUCUCUCCCCCCUCUCUCUCUUUCAGUCUUGCUCUUUCGCUCGCUCGCUCUCUCUCUCUCUCUCUCUCUCUCUCUCUCUCUCCCUCUCUCUCUUUCAGUCUUGCUCUUUCUCCCCCUCUCUCUCUUUCUCUCUCUCUCUCUCUCUCCCCCCCUCUCUUUCUUUCAGUCUUGCUCUUUCACUCGCUCUCUCUCCCUCCUUCCCCUUCCUUCCCCCAGAAUACAGUGUACUGAAAAAAAAGUGGCCAACCGUUUGCUAGGAGACACAUCGGCAACGAAGUGAGGGGAUGUUAUUCCUUGAAGGGGGGGAAUCGGAUCGUCUCCCGCUGGGUCGCCGCUGUGUUCUAAGAUGCCCAGAAUGGCUGAGGAGCGGAGCCCCAGACUGUGAUUCAGGGGAAGCCCCCCCAGACAAAAAUGGCAAAGACCCUCUUCAGACCAAUGCAGCCUCUUAGCAUCUCGUUCAGGAAGGACGCAGCACAGGUCUAUAACUCCCCCCCCAUCCUUCAUUAUACAAACUUUGCUUCACACAUUCCCAUUAUUGAACAGCUCCCCCUCCAGUCCGAUUUAAAACCUUUGAUCACAGAAUGAAUUUCCUUGAUAUAUGGAAACUUGACUGAACGUAUGCGAUCUGGCAAAUGUGUAGAGAAGGUAAAUUGUGUAAGAUGUAGAGGAAAAGCUAAAUUACUGUCCCAGUAAAUAUUUUUAGGAAAUUUUUUAUAUUUAUACUGGUACACUGUCCCCAAGUUCAUUACUUAGCAAACUUCAUUUUCCUGAUGCAGUGUCUUACAUCCCAUAUUAAUACGGUUCAUACACACUUGGCUCUUUUUAGUUAAAGGACUUGACUCAUCUCGCUGCUUCCGGGCUUCUGAGAUAAUCAAAGUUAUGCCGGAAAUCCUCUGUUUGCGGUACCGGGUCAGGAACGGCAGCACCCCACUGUGUUAGCAUAUAUCGCCUCGCCGGAGUGCCGGCGAUGGUGCACAGUGAUGAUGUCAUUGUACACGACUUCUCUUGCAGUGAGGGGAAAUUUCUCUGGAUGGCUUGAGGCUGUAUAACAGCUUUUUUUUUUUUUUUUUUCUUAAUUUUAUUUGUUUUUCCAAUAAAACAUUGUACAAAAAGGG